ACUAAAAGAGUGUGUAUCAAUCUAUCCCUAGGUCGACGUACUUGUUCGGUUCAUCCGAUAAAUCAAUUUGAUAUCGUUAGCAUUUGAGGAUCGCACCAAUUGAGGAGUUUUGUGUUUCUGUGUGAAGAUUAGGGCUUGUUUAAUUUGAAAAAAGUUGAGUUUUCUGAGCCCUAGAGGUGUUUUUUUGUGCGAAGAAGAAGCGGCAACUUUGAUCCAACGCUUAGAUUCAAUCACCGAAUGGAGGGAGGUAGUGAUACCUUCUCCUCUUAUUCUACACUUACUUCUUCUGGGAUUCUCAAUGGAUUAUGAUGACAAUGAUGCUAAAGAACAAAAUCUUCACUUAGCUGGGGAAGGGAGCUCCAAAGUUUCUCCUAUAUUGCAGCCAUAUGCUCUUCCCAAGUUUGACUUUGAUGAUAGCCUACAGGGACAUUUAAGGUUUGACAGUCUGGUUGAAAACGAGGUUUUUCUAGGUAUCACAAGCCAGGAAGACAAUCAGUGGAUUGAGGAAUACUCACGGGGAACUAGUGCAAUACAGUUUAGUUCAAGUGCGGUCGAAUCCAGACGUAAAAAUGUAUGGUCUGAAGCAACAUCUUCAGAAUCUGUUGAAAUGCUUCUAAAAUCAGUUGGACAGGAAGAGAGGGUUGUAGAAGAAACAACAAUUGAAGAAACGGUUGCCUGUGAUAAGUCUGGUAGCUUAACUAAUGUUAUGGAUCCCAUCUUGAAGCAAUGUGAUGGAACUGAUGAUUAUGUUAAUACUUAUGAUGCACCAGUACCAGACGAGUUCCAGGAGAAUUUUGUUGGGUCAAAAGCGAGUUCUUACUGCGAGCAAUCUCAUGCUGCAUCCACUCCACAAUCACAAGAGACACCAAUUUCUGGUGGGAAGUUAGAUUCAGUAGUUAUAGGUAACAAAUGUAGUUUAUCCGUUGGUGAGAAAAAAGUUGAUAAGAUAUGUGAUGAUGUAAAUCAGGAACCCGUUAAUGUAGCAAAUGAAUCCUAUGUUAAAGAUUCACAAGAAGAUCCUUCUGUCUCCAAGAUAGAAUGUGAAAAUGCAGGCUCCUCAGUGAAUGUUAAUGCAAGUGUUGAGGAGUGCCAGGAGAACCCACAAGAAGUUCCUAAAAGGUGCAUCGAAAAUGUUAGUGGUUUGUCAAAGAACAACUAUAAUAGUGAGCCUGAACAUACUAAUAAGAGCAAAGAGAAUAUCAUGGACAAUCCAACCAACAGUGGCACCAUCGUUGAAACUUGUACAUAUAGCAUUGAAAAGCUCUCAGUUGUUUCCAAUGUGGGAUCCUUGGAGAAUCCAUUAGUUGAAGGGAGUAUCCCUGUUGAUGACAAGCCUACCUGUUCAUCACCAAUAGGGAGCUGUGAUAUGCAGAUAACUGAAGGAUGCAAUGCCCAUGUAUGUUCUGCUGAACAUUCUCUGGGUAGAAAAUCUGAAAUCUCUGCUUCUUUGAUCUGCUCAAAGAUAGACCAGGAACUUAAUGAUAACAUACAUGUGGAAUCGCUUGCAACUUCUCCAAAUGGUGGAUGUGUCAAGAGGCAAGCAAUUGAGGAUGCUGAUACACAGUCAGACAUUCCUGGUUCUCCAAAAUCUAAUGUGGGUUCUCUGUCCAGCCUGUCUCAUGUGCAGAAUCAUUCCUUUGGGGAAACCGAAAAUGGUGUUGUAAGUGAUGGCCAACAGGUUAGUUCAGGUGCAUCUAUGGUGUCCUUGGGCAAUAACCGAUUUGAGUUGAGUGAAGGAAGUGACAUUAAUAAUGUUGGUAAAACUUCAAUAGCAGCAGGCUCUUCAGCUGAAAUGCCUGCUGAGGACAUCUCAAUUAAGGAUGAAGCAGCUGGACAUGCUCCGGAUGUUCACACAGGGGAUUCAAAUGACGAGUAUCGGAGCUUGCCUGCCAAGAUUUCUAGUUUGGUCCAGGUGGGUGAUGAAAUUCAAUCAUCAGAGCCAGAUGCCAUCUCUAUGGAUCAAGAUGUUACUUUCAAUGAGAGAGGGGAUGCAAGAUUGCCUUUGGAUUUUAAGGAUGCUGACAUGCAUGUUGUUGGAGCUCUUGAUAGCCAAAAGAAUGUCGAACCAUCUUCGUCUGCCGAAGGUUGUAAAGGGGUUAUGACACUGAUUCAAGGAUCUGAACCUAAUAUGACUGUUCUAACUGAUGCUGUUGCUGCUGUGGAACCAAGCAAAAUAUCACCUCCCGACACCCCGGACGAUGUGCAUUUACCUUCUGAAACUGAUGCUACAGCUGAUAUUGUGACUGGAGACCAGCCAAUAUCACCUAUACUUGGGGUGAAUUUAUUGGAAGAUGGUAAUGAAGAAAAAACAGUAGGAUUCUUCAGUGAGGAAAGUUCCCAAAAAAAGACCCAAGAAGUUGAUAAUAUGGUAGAUUGUGCUGUGGAUGGUCAAUUACCAGUAUUUGAAGAGGAUGCAGUUUCUGAUGACGCUGAAAAAGUUGUGCACAAGCUGGAUGGUGAUUGUGAUCCUCCUGUCGGUAACUGCAAUGCAAGCCCAAGUGAACAAAUAGCGGAGGAUAACCCAGGUGAUCUCAAGUGCUCCAAGACAUUGGAGACAAUCCCUCUUCCUUGCGAGUCAUCAGCAGAAGGGGGCAAUGAUGCUGAGGCAGGAGGUCUACUGACCCCUAGAGAAUCGAUUGCAGGAGAUGGAGUGGAACCUCAAAAUUUAGCAGUUAAUAUGUCAGAUGAGCAGCAGGCUUCUGUUGAUGUAGCUGGCCCAUCUGAACGUGACGCCAAUCAUGUGGUGCAGAAUGGAGUUGGUUCAACUUUAUUGGAUAAACCUCAAAUUUUCUCUUUUUCAGACAUAAAAAGCAUUGAACUUUCUCAAACUGCAAGUGAUAAGCAUGAGGUCCCCAAGGAUACUAGGUAUGUCAAUGCCCCACUUUCAGAUGCUAGUAAUGACAAAGAGGGACUUCAGUCAGUUUCUUCAAGUAGUGCUACAAAAGAAGAAAAAAGCUUUACUUUUGAGGUCAUUGCAAGUGCUGGUCCUGGACAAACUGGCAUUCAAAACCGUAGUUUGUCAAAGAAUACGAAGGUGUCAUCUGUUAGUUCUCAUGCUAGCCUGUUGGAUCCUAAUAAAUUGCAUGAAGAUUCUCUGUUUAGUCAACAAACGCCUAGCAGUGCAGCCAUUGAAGCAGGAUCCAAUGGGAAUUCUGAGCGCAAACCAAGGAGAAAAUCAGCAGGGAAGGAAACUGCCAAGAAAGGUAACAACUUGAAGGAAACAACACCCAGGAGACGUUCAGGGCGAGUAGAAAAAUCACCUGGAGUGUUAAACCCCCCUGCAAUUGGACAUGUUACUUCGGUCGAAGGGUUGAAGCCUAGUGAGAGUGUUGAGUGCAGCAAUCAAAGACCGGGUGACAUUCCUCCUAUUCUCACAUCAAAUCUACCUGAUCUGAAUAAUUCAACCUCUAUGUUCCAGCAGUCUUUUACCGACACUCAACAAGUGCAAUUGCGAGCACAAAUUUUAGUAUAUGGAUCAUUAAUAUCUGGGAUGGCACCCGAAGAGUCUCAUAUGAUUGCUGCAUUUGGGCAGUCUGAUGGUGGAAGGAGAGCGUGGGAGGCUGCUUGGCAUGCUUGUCUAGAAAGGGUUCGUGGUCGCAAAUCCCAGGCCAACAACCCUGAUACCCCUAUGCAACCGCGAUCAGAUGUAGGUAACAGAGAUCCUGAUCAAGGGAUUAAAGUUGGUUCUGCCCAAAACAAAGUUCUCUCACCACUUACCCCCAGACCAAGCAACAUGGGUAUUUCUUCAACUGUUGUUAGUCCCAUGAUCCCCAUUUCAUCUCCUCUUUGGAAUAUUUCUACGCCUUGUGAUGGUUUGCAGUCUAGUGUCAUGCCAAGAAGUGCUCUUCUUGAUUAUCGACCAACACUAUCUCCUCUACAUCCUUAUCAACCUCCACGGGUGCAGAAUUUUGCUGGACAUAAUCCGUCGUGGCUAUCUCAGAGCCCUUUCAUUGGUCAAUGGGUUGCUUCUUCACCAGUUACUGCUUUUGGUGCUCGUUUUUCUUCUUUGCCUAUAACGGAUGCGGUAAAAUUAACCACUGUCAAAGAAUCAGGUGCUCCAGGCGUGUCUGUAAUUCCUGUCGAUCAUACUGCUGGCCCAAGCGUUUCUUCUGGGUUGUCUUCCCUAUCCAACAAGAAGAAGGCAAUGGUGUCUUCUGGUCAGCCUUCAAGUGAUUCGAAAAGCAGAAAGAGGAAAAAAGUUGCUGCUAGUGGGGUCGUGAGUGAGAUGCCUGUUUCUAGUCAAGCUCAGGUAGCAUCACUCUGUACACCUGUAGCUCAUUUGCCAUGGGCCCCUCAAACGGAGGGUUACAAUCAAAUCUCAUUUCUUGCUCAAAAUCAGACAAUUUCAGGGACUGCUCUUGCUGUGAGUAGUCAUUCUCCUACAUCAGCUGCCUUAUUGACACCUGUUUCCGUCGCAUCUAAAAGCAAUCCUGGUAGUUCUCUUUCGGCUGUAUCUCCUGCAUCAACUCAUGGUCAUCCUACACGUAGUGACCAAAACGUAGAGAAGAUUGUUACAAGAGAGGAGAUUGUGAGCAAAAUUGAGGAGUCCAAGCUACAAGCAGCUGAUGCGGCUGCUCAUGCUGCUGCUGUGGUCAGCCACUGCCAAAGUGUAUGGAGCCAGUUGGAAAAGCAAAAGAGUUCUGGUUUGGUUUCAGAUGAUGAAGCAAAACUAGCAUCUUCAGCUGUCUCGAUAGCAGCUGCUGCUUCUGUUGCUAAAGUGGCAGCAGCAGCUGCUAAAAUCGCAUCAAAUGUUGCUGAACAAGCUAGAUUAAUGGCUGAUGAAGUAUUUCUAUCAAGUAGGACUGAAAAAUAUGAUCAAAGCAGCAUGAUUGCAAAUGUCGAUCCCAACUUUGAUAAAGGUACACCUGCUUCUGUUUGGAAGAGCGCAAACAGAAGUGACCAUCCCACUUCAAUCAUUUCUGCUGCUAGAGAAGGUGCUCGUCGGAGAAUUGAAGCUGCUUCAGCUGCUUCAAAACAUGCUGAAAAUUUAGACGCUAUCGUGAAAGCUGCUGAACUGGCAGCGGAAGCAGUAUCACAAGCUGGGAAAAUUGUUGCAAUGGGUAAUCCCUUGCCCGUAAAAGAGUUGGUUGAAGCUGGUCCUGAGGGUUACUGGAAGAGUCCCCAGCCAUCCAACCAGCAUGGAUACUCUGAUAAACAGAAUGUUGAAGCUGCUGCCAGUGAUAAAGAUAUUCAGAAUCUGAAACAUGGUUUGUCACUGCAAGAGGGUUCUCGGGAUAUGGCCAAGAAUCAGAUGGUUAUUGAUGGCAUCUCAACUACAAGCUAUGAAAAUGAUAGGCCUCAAAAAGGUUCUGACUUCUCUAAAACCGGUGAGGCAUUUCCUGAACCAGAGUUCGUAUCAAUUCAUACUUCUGACGUUGACCAGAACAUGCUCCAAAGUACUUCAGGCACUUGGGAAGAGAACGGCAUUAACGAGGGUUGCCUUGUUGAGGUGUAUAAAGAUGACAACAAGAACAAAGGUGCCUGGUUUGCAGCUAAUGUACUGACUUUAAAGGAUGGAAAAGCAUUUGUCUGCUACACUGAAGUCCAAUCAGAUGAAGGAUCAGGGCAAUUAAAGGAAUGGGUUGCACUUGAAGUUGAAAGCACCGAGGCACCUAGGAUACGUAUUGCCCAUCCUAUGACUAAGAUGCAGUUUGAAAGGACUAGAAAAAGAAGCAGAAAGGCCUUUUCGGAUUAUGCUUGGUGUAGUGGGGAUAGAGUUGAUGUGUGGGUACAAGAUAGCUGGCGUGAAGCAGUUGUCUUGGAGACAAAUAAGAUCGAUGUAACAUCUAUAAAUGUUCAAUUUCCUGCUGAAGGAGGGACGUCAAUAGUUAAGUCAUGGCAUGUUAGGCCAACUCUUAUCUGGAAAGAUGGCAACUGGAUUGAGUGGGCUGGUUCAAAGACAUGCCAUUCUGCUGAGGGUGAUACACCACAGGAAAAGCGACUGAAGGUUGGUAAACCUGUUGUGGAAGGUCAAGAGAAGGAUGAGUCAUCGAAUAAUGUUGAUCUUAUUGAGUCAGAGAAACAUCAACAAUCAAGGAUACUUCCCUUAUCUGGCCAAGGAAGUUCAUUUGAUGUAGGUAAAAGCUCCAAGGAUGAGAACAAGUUUGAAACCACUCGUAGAACGAUGAGGGGUGGCCUGCAGAAGGAACGACCAAGAGUGGUUUUUGGCGUUCCUAAGCCGGGAAAGAAGCAGAAAUUUAUGGAUGUGAGCAAACAUUAUGUUGCCGAAGGAAGCAAUAAGAGUAAUCCACCAAAUGAUUCAGUCAUGCUUGCAAGUUCUUUGAUGCCUCAAGCACCAGGGCCUAGUGGAUCAAGAAACAAUUCUAAAAAUGACGCUAAGGAAAAACAAGUUGCUGAAAUCAAAUCCAAAGUGCUGAAAUCUAGAAAACCACCAAUUCCUUCGAUCAGAACGUUAGCUCAGAAGGACAAAUCUAAAUCCUCCAAACCCACGUCACGUGAUGCUGUUUUGAGCAGUAAAACCAUCAAGGAUUCUGUUAAUGUUGAUGAAAACGUCUCCCCUAAAGCAAAGUAUGUAAUAGAAGACUCUUCUGCAUCGGCUCUUCCAUCGGAUCCCCCGAAGGGAACUUUAACAUCAAAGGCAAUUACUCAGCGUUUGAACAAAGGAAAAGUUGCAGCUGGUGGCAGCAAGGCUACUAAAGUAGAAGUGAAAGAGAAGUCGACGUCAGAAUCUGAACCACGCAGAUCAAAUCGUAGGAUUCAGCCAACUUCAAGGCUAUUAGAAGGGUUGCAAAGCUCACUGUCCGUUUCAAAGACACCUACUGGUUCACAUGCAAGCCAAAAAAGCCACAACAAGGUUAUGUCGAAAGGGAAUGGGUGAAACAAAGUCUGAAACCAGCUGGGAAACCAACUUCAUUGUUGUGUGUAAUUAAGGUGAUGAGAUUAUAGAACUAGGAAGGGUUCUGUUACCAUAAAGCUUCUUCCAAAACAUAUGGUAGCUUCUAGAAGGAAGAUGAUGAUCGGCUUUCUCUGUAUACAAUAUAAUAUCUGAUGGAGGUGAUGGAAGAGGGGGUUAACUGAUGGUGUUAUUAGCAUCCAUUUAAAUGGUGCAUCAAUAAAAUUUGGGUACUUUCAUUCA